UUGGCGCAUUGAAACUUGAAGCACUCACGAUAAUGGUUCGACGGGGUCUAUUCGAGAUCCUUGUGAUCCUGCUGGUCUGCAGUGGCUAUAGUCCUAGCAAUGCCAUUCGAUCGGCGCAACUGAGUGAAGAGCAGCUGAAGUGGAUUUCCAAGGCGGCGGGUGAGGGAGGAGUCAACUUCCAGAAUCGCGUGAUAAACGGAGAGGAUGCGGAGCUGGGCGAGGCCAAGUACCAGAUAUCGCUGCAGGGAAUGUACGGUGAUCACAUGUGCGGUGGUUGCAUCAUCGACGAGCGACAUGUCCUGACCGCAGCCCACUGCGUCUACGGCUAUAAUCCCACCUACCUGCGAGUGGCCACGGGCACUGUGCGUUGGGCCCAGCCGGAUGCCCUGUACUUUGUGGAGGAGCACUGGAUACACUGCAACUACAACAGCCCGGCGUACUACAACGAUAUUGCUCUGAUCCGGCUGAACGAUACGAUCAAGUUCAAUGAGUACACCCAACCGGCGGAACUGCCCACCGAACCGCUGGCCAACGGGACGCAGCUGCUCCUCACGGGCUGGGGAUCCACGGUUCUGUGGGGCGAUACACCCGAUGUGCUGCAGAAGGCCUAUCUGACGCACGUGGAUUACCCAACCUGCCAGGAUAUAAUGAACAACGAUCCGCUGAACGGAGCUUGCCAUAUCUGCACCCUGACCGACGGAGGACAGGGCGGUUGUCACGGCGAUUCCGGCGGUCCACUGACCUUCAACGGAAUACUCUACGGCCUGGUCAACUGGGGAUAUCCCUGCGCCAUCGGCAUGCCAGACAGCCAGGCCAGUGUGUUCUUCUACAAGGAAUGGAUCAGGAGAAUUAUUUCGGGAUUAUGCGAAUCCAGCUGCCACUGCUACGCCAGCAACUAUGGAAGCUAGGAAGAAACUAAGGGAAGGAAAAUUUGGUGCUUUGAUACUUUACUUCGACUUUAAUUCUACCAGUCAAUGUUUAAAUAAAGGUCAAGAGCAGAAGAUGCCAUUUAAUAAUAGGA